AUGGUGCAACCACCACUAGAUGAGAGUGAGCUCUCGAAGUACUUUAUUCGAGCUCAAGAAGGUAUCUACUUUGACAAGAUGAUGUCAAUGAUGGGUCAGAAGUUUGCAGAAUUGGUCAAAACGAGAGACUUUAUAGAGGAUGGUGUUAAAUCUGGGAAGAUUCAGUCUAUGGUCGCAUUGCAAGCUGCAAGUAGGGCUAUACAAUCAGGUUCCAUUGGCGGCAUCAAAAAGAAAAGGGAGGAUGUUUCAGCUGUCACUUACCAACCAGGAGGACAAUCUCACCGAUACCCUAAUAAUCCCCAAAUCGCUGCGCAUACUUCAUACGUCCCAGUGUAUAAUACCCAACCACACUAUAACCCGCCCCGAGCACCAGCAUACCAAAACCCUCCAAGACCAUAUGUCCCUGUCCAAGCACCAAUUCACCAAAAUAGACCAGCAUAUGCACCGAGACCACGUCCAAAUCCUGAAGCUAGAAAUGCUCGCGCUUACACACCAAUUGCCGAACCCUACGCCCAAUUGUUUGAGAGGUUGAGGACAGUGGGAGUGCUGCAACCGGUUGAAGGAAAACUUCCUGGUCCAAUCCAUCGUAAUUUUGAUAGGAACAAGAGAUGUACUUACCACUCGGGAGUCCAAGGACACGACACAGAAGAUUGUUAUGGUUUGAAGAACCAGAUUGAGUCUUUGAUUAGGAGAGGAGUAAUCAAAUGCACUCCGGCACCUCCCAAUGUGAACAACAAUCCCUUGCCAAACCAUGAGAAUCGGGAAGUCAACAUGGUUACUCUGGAUGACGAAUAUGGGACCCCCGACUAUCCAAACUUAGGUGAAACGGAUGCCAUGACAUCUUCGGCGCAACAUGUUAUCACUGUUCAACUAAGGGAACCUCUGGCUGUCCAAACAUAUCUCCCAAGAGUUGUAGUGACCACUCUAAUUGCUAAGAAGCCUGAGUAUGACACCAAAGCAGUCCCUUGGGACUAUCGAGCAAGUGACAAGGGCAAGAUGAUCGACACUGUUGUGGCUCAAGGGAUGACUAGGUCGGGGAGGUGCUAUGCCCCAGAGGACCUAAAUCAAAGAGUUCUCGGAAAAGAAUAUAAUCCAAAGAAGAAUAUUACCGAUGUUGAAGCCGCAGAGUUUUGGAAGAAGAUGCAGUCUAAAGACUAUUCGGUUGAAGAACAGUUGAAGAAGACGCCAGCCCACAUAUCCAUUUGGUCUUUGCUUAUGAGUUCUGAAGCUCAUAGGAAUGCUUUGAUGGAGGUGUUAAGCGGAGUGAUAAUUCCAAAAGAGACCACAAGUGAGACCUUAGCUGCAACGAUUGGAAGAAUAGUGGAAGCUAACAAGAUUUCUUUCCAUGAUGAUGAGUUGCCCGCAGAAGGGGCUGGGCAUAACAAAGCGCUUCACAUCGCAGUCAAAUGUUGUGAUAAGAUUGUGACUUGA